AAUUGAAGGUUAACCUCGUUGGACGAAAACCGAAGAGUGUUUUUCUACAAGAAGAAUUCGUCGUCUUUUUUUUGCUAUAUUUUAGCCACGGAAAAAUGGACGUUGAAAGCGAUCCUUCAGCGAUAACAAUAGUAGUGGAGGAAGAGGAUGGGGCCGUUGCUGUUCCAAACGCCCAAGAAGAGUACCACGAUUAUCAAGUGCUUGAGGAAAUCCAGAUCGAGAAAGUGGAAGCAGAAGAAUCUGCUGAUGAAGAUGAGGAGGGAAUCUUUGAUUGCAAAUAUUGCAAAUUUCAAACUAAAAAUAUCGAAGAAUUGGAUGAACACAUUAUUGGUCAUGAAGAAAUUGAAGAAGAAGAAAGUGCUGAGGAGGAUGGUGGUGAUCUACCAGAACAAGAGAAAUCAGAAAAUGCAACUGAAUUUCCAAUUCCCCAAGAGCACCAAAAAUACCCAACAUUUUAUGAGGAAUUCAGAAACAAACCAGUAAAAAACAUAUUCGCCUGCCCAUUUUGUGGCUAUCAAUCGAUGAAAAAAUUGGAUAUGAAUCAGCAUAUAAGAGACCAUAGAUCGCCUGUAGAGCUUCCUGUUUAUAGUUGCUCAGAGUGCUUCUACACAACUUUCAGAAAAUUUGAUAUGCCCAAGCAUUUGCUUACCCAUUGCGACAAUUAUCCCAAAUACGAAUGCAAGGAAUGCCCCUAUGCAACUAAAAGAAAAAGCGAUUUAAAUAAGCAUAUAAUUGGCCAUACUACCAAGACUCUUAGUAAGCGAUUAUUCCCUUGCCAUAUGUGCUCGUACUCCACAACAAGACGAGGUGAUUUAAAGAGGCAUUUAUUAAGCCACCAAGUUAACAAAUCCCUUUUUAUUUUCAAUUGCACCGAGUGUGGUUACUCUGCCAAAAGAUUAAAUGAUUUAAACAAACACAUGGCUCUUCAUUGCGACAGAACAGUAGAAGGCAUUCUGAAAUGCCCUAAAUGUGACUAUGCUACUAUUAAAGCUAGCCCAUUUGCACGACACAUUCUGAGUCAAUGUCAAACCAGGGAAUCACCAGAAGCUUAUCAGACUGAGCAAACAAAUGAGAAUUUGGAACAAGAUGUGGACAAGUGUAAUGGGUCACAGGAAAAAGAUCUGUCACAGCAUUUGGAUGAAUAUAUUGUAGAAGAUGAUGGGGCUAGUCAUGUAGUGGAAAUAGUUGAAGAGAAUUACGAAAACGACGCAGUUGUUGUUCUAGAACAAUUUGAGAGUUAAUUAAGACGCUUAUAGUAGAUUAUUAAACUUACCAAAAAAAUAUAAUUUUAAAUAAAACUUUAAAAUAUAUCUUCACAUAAAUCAUUUUAUUACCUACAUUAUAAAUAUAAAAUCACAUUGAAUUACUACAUAAUCGAGAAAUGUUAUCGAAAAAAAGGCAAAAUUAUUUAAAAUAUUUCAAUGAACAAAAUAAUAAUAUUUUGUAAUUGAAACUAUUCUAGACAAAUUAGGUUAAUAUCUCUAGACUCCAUACAAUAAAAUAGGUAAUAGAUUCAUACUUAUAUCUAACAAUUGUUUAGAUUUUUUUUAAAAAGUGGAAAACUUAGCCUAUACAUAAAAUGGAUAACAAUUUUUGUAUACACCAUAAAAAUAUUCCUUUACAGGAAUGUGUUGGGUUGGGUGAUUGUUAUGGUUGAGUCUUUGGCACUUUUUUUUUCAAUAAAAAUAGAUGACCACUUUACCGUUAAUUCCACGACAUCACAAAGAAACUGAUGAAGGUGUACCAAUACACUUGGUAUUGAUAGAAAUUUUAUGGAUGAGAAUUUCUUUUUCUCUGAUUACAUUUGAAGCUGCUUUGAGAUGUCCUGAAUUGAGCCCUCAACUUGUGUAUCCACUGUGCAUAUCCAAAAUAAUGUCUCUUUUAUCAAAAUUUAAAAUCUACCUAUUUUCUAAUGAUGUAAUUUUUUCUAAAGAAUUACAUAAACCACAAGUAACAUGAAAUUGUAUUUUGUCACUAACAUUCAGAAAAGUACCUCCGUGCAUUGGUAAAAUUAAUUUGUUGUGCUUAAAUAAAACAUAAAUCAGGUUACUUGUAGUCGUCAAUAAAUAAACAUCUACACUAAUAAAAAUAUAUUUAUAAAUCCUGAUUAUAUAAAUAUAGAUUUCUUUGGCUGAUUAUAAAAUGGUAUAAAAUCUAGAUCUAUGAUAGUUAAGAAUUUGCUUCUGGCGGAGGCAGUGGGGCAUUUUCUUCAUAAAUCAUCAUUAAAGAACUGAAAGAUCGAUUCUUUUUCUGC